AUUACAUAAAAGCAGAAACUCUCUUCCUAUAGAAUGACUAUAGCGUACAGUAGUAUAGAGAAUGCUCGGUAUAUACAAAGUAUAAUGAUUUUAAGAAUUGUCGCGCCUUGGUAUACAUUGCACAUCAAUUUCCAGUGUUCUUUGGCGAAAAAAUAUUUUAUCUAAACCUCCCGUCGUAUAAUUCAUAAGGAAACACUUAUACAAUCAAAAUUCCAACAAUGUUUGAAUGGGCAUAUGAUGGUGUUAAUGCCUCCAUACCACGUAAUGUGGGUCCAGAAUGUGCAUAUUAUUUGAGUACACAACAUAAAAUAAUCGAAACAUCAUUUGUAUCUAUAUUGAUAAUAGUGCUUCUUGUAUGGGGCUACAAACGAAUGAAAUUGCCUAAUCAAAUAUACAUAGACCAUGAUAGAGUGGGCAGAAGAAUGUUGUUGAUUAUCAUGGCUUUAGUAUUGGGAAUAGAAAUAGGUUUUAAAUUGACCAGCAGGACUGUUGUAUAUUUGUUUAAUCCCUGUCACAUAACAACAGCAGUACAGUUAUAUUUAUUAGCAGCUGCUCCUAGUCCGACUGUCACUACUCUCUUCAGGAUACACUUAAACUUUAUGAAUGGACCAGUCUUAGCUUAUUUGUUCCCAGAAACAGAAUCUCGAAGAAUAUUUGCAGAUAAAGCAUUGUAUUACAUACAGCAUGGCUUAAUGGUAGUAAUACCCUAUUAUUUGCUAAGGCUUGGAGGUGUAUACAACGUUGAGCCUUUAUCAGACAUGAGCUGGACAGUUUUUAGUUAUGGUCUGAAUCUAGCGUACCACUUCUGGAUUCUUCAAGCUAUUGCUUUGCCUGUACAAGUCAAUCUUAGCCACAUAUUGUGUCCAGCUGUACUGGAUCCGUUUGAAGGGAGCAAUUACAGAUUAUGGACAGUAGUUCAUCAAGGAUUGCUAUGUCCCUUACUGUGCAAGCUACUUUGCUAUAUCUUUAAUUUCUUUUUAACUGAAUUUCCACCAACAAGAGUAAAGCCAGCUCUUGAAUGUAUACUUCCAAAAAAGAGAAACAAAUAUGAAGAUAAUAGAAAAUUAUACGAAAGUACAGGUACCUCAGAGAAUGGACAUACUCGUGUAAACUAG